UUCCGGAAACCCGUUCCCACCGACAGUUGGUCUCAACCAUUGGUGGCCGACAAGUGGCCCAACCCAUGCCAUCAGCCGCCACUACUGGUGCCGUUCAUGCAAAACAAAAACCUCAGCGAAGACUGCCUUUACCUAAACAUAUGGGCGCCGACUGCUACUACCAUGAGGUCAGGGGUCACCGGACGUAAAGCUAGCAAACGGAGGUCAACAACGAGUGGACGUAAGACUAGUCGUGUCAGUAAACGUCAGUCAGCGGGACUUAAGCCGGUUAUGUUUUACGCCCACGGGGGCGGGUUCACUGUGGGCUCAUCCAAUGAACUACACUAUAGAGGCGAAGCGUUGGCCACGUAUGGGGACGUAAUUGUGGUUAACUUUAACUAUCGAUUAAAUACAUUUGGAUUUCUAUAUACGGGAACGGAUGACGGGCCCGGAAAUGUGGGUCUCUGGGACCACGCGCUGGCACUGGAGUGGGUGCACAAAAAUAUCAAAAACUUUGGCGGUGACCCUGAUAGGAUUACUAUAUUCGGCGAGAGUGCCGGCGGUAGUACAGUGAGUGCGCUCAUCCUAUCGCCCAUAACUCGCAAUCUAUUCAAAAACGCUAUAAUGAUGUCGGGGUCGGCGUUGGGCGCGCAGACCGGUAGUGCCGAUCAGAUGAUACAGUAUUGGCUUCAAGUGUCCAAAUCAGUAGAUUGUGUCGACACCACAUCGCCCGACAAAUUCACGCCUGAAGUCAUCGAUUGUCUGAAAAGCAAAGAUCCGCAAACAUUGGCUACAUAUGGAUCGUCACCGGUAUUUAAAACGGGUGAUGGUCUCAAACAGGUGGGCUUUUAUGUAGCGGAUGGGGAAUUCCUACCGAAAAGGCCGUACGAAAUGCUUACAUCCGGCGAUUUCCGCAAAGACUUAAACCUAAUGAUAGGCAACUGCGAGGACGAGGGCGCCAAUUUACUGCAGGUGUUUGCUAUACCUCUGGGUGAGGAUCCCAAGAAGUAUGACUACCGUAACCCCACGUCCAUUACGUACGCCGAGGCCUACAAUACCACUAAAAAUCUAUUCUCGAUAUUGGAUAUAAAGCCGCGAUUUAAUGGCGAAGAUGUGGCCAAACUGUACUUCACUGGUCUGUCCGCUAAGUCGGAUCAGGAUGUGGUCAGACGUAGCAUUGGUUACGCUUUCGGCGAUUAUGUCAUCACAUGUCCGACCAUUUCGUUUGCGAAGAGUCUGUACAAAAAGGAUCCAAAGAGUAAUGUCUAUCAGUACUACUUUAAUAGUAAAAUAGGCGAUUGGAACCCAUUUUGUGGGCCAUGGAUGGGGGUGUGUCACGGCAGUGAUGUUGACCAUGUGUUUGGCAUACCAUUCCUCGACACCAAGCGAUUUCUCGAUAGGGAACGGGAGAUAUCGCAGCAAAUGAUGAAUAUUUUCGCAACUUUUGCCAGAACUGGUAAACCCCCGGCGCAGGGAGGCUUUGAUUGGCCCCAGUAUUACACAAUUAAUGGCAAUACUGUUGCCCCGUAUUAUGAAGUGACAAAUUACCCGAAUAACAUCACAAAUUUUAAUCUCGAUCUUAAGUAUACUGAUUGCGAGGACCUAUUUAAACCUUAUGUCGAAAAU